AUGCAUUCAGCUCUCAGACCAAAGCCUUUAGUUAAAUCACCUCCAUCACUUAUUCCAUCAACAAUAGAUCAUCUAUCACAAUCAGUACUAAAAAAAUCUUCUACUAACCAAAAUGAUUAUGAUCAAAAACCUAUAAAAGAUGACAAUAGUCAUUAUCAACAUCAUGCAUCUGUUUCAUUGAACAAUACAAUAGUAGAAAAAUCUAAUUGGUAUUUAGGUUUAAGAAAUUCUAAAGGAAAAUAUUUAACAUCAGAAACAUUUGGUUGUAAAAUUAAUGCAACUGGUACAUCUCUAAAGCGGAAACAAAUAUGGACAAUUAUUUAUAAUUGUCAAAAUGAUUGUGUUUAUCUUCAAUCACCAUUAAAUCAUUAUUUAUCUACAGAUAAAUAUGGUCGUUUAAAAUGUGAUUCAAAUGAAAUAAAUGAUGAUUAUUAUUUUCAACUUGAAUAUAAUCGAAAUGGUCAAUGGGCAUUUAAAUCUCUUACAUAUGGUAUGUAUUUCGGUGGAGAUAAUGAUCAACUUCAUUGUUUUAGUAAAACACCAGAAUGGUGGUCACCUCAUUUAGCUGUUCAUCCACAAAUUAAUUUAAAACAUGUUCUUCGUAAACGUUAUGCUAAAUUAGAUGAAGAUGAAAUUCAUAUUGAUGAAAUAAUUCCAUGGGGUAGUGAUGCAAUACUUGCUGUUGAAUAUCAUAAUGAUCAUUAUUAUAUAAGAUCAAGUAAUGGUUUUUAUGUUCAUAAAGAUGGAAAAUUAACAACAAAACAAACUAAUGAGACAUUAUUUACAAUUGAACUUUACAAAGGAUGUUUAGCAUUUAAAGAUUGUGAUCAAUAUUAUUUAACAGCUAUUGGUCCAUUAGGAAUAUUAAUGACAAGAAAUAAAAUAGUUGGUAAAGAUGAACAAUUUCUUUUAGAAGAAAGUAAAUUACAAAUAUGUUUAAUUGCACCUAAUGGAAAACUUGUUUCAACAAAACAAGGUAUUGAUUUAUCAGCUAAUCAAUAUGAACGUGAUCAUAGUAGUAUAUUUCAACUUGAAUAUGAUGAUAAUGAUUUUCAUGCUUAUCAUAUACGAACAUAUGAUAAUAAAUAUUGGAAAAUAGAAGGUUUUAAUGUACAAGCAACAGCCGAUAAAAAAUCUCUUGAAACAAGUUUUCAAAUUGAAUCAGCAGGUAAUGGACGUAUAACAUUUCAAGCAUCGAAUGGAAAAUUUAUUAUUCCACAUCCUACUGGACAUAUGCGUGUUGUAAGUGAUCAAAUAAGUUCAAAUGAUGCUUAUUUUUUAAUAAAAUUUAUUAAUCGUCCAUUUUGUGUAUUUAAAUGUGAUUUUGGUCAUAUUGGUUAUCGAAAUAAACAAUCACGUAUACUUGAAUGUAAUAAAUCUUUAUUUACAUUAUUUACAUUAGAAGAACCAGAUGUUCGAACACAUAAUGAAGGAAUUGUUUAUCUUAAAGGAUCUGAUGGACUUUAUUGGGAAGUUUUAAAUGAUUUAAAUAUCAGUGUUAAUGGAUAUGAACCAUCGAAAUUUGCAUUAGAAUUAUGUUCAACACAUUCUCGUGUUGUUAUUAAAGCAUCAAAUGGAAUGUAUUUACGAGCAGAACAAAAUGGAAGUAUACAAGCAACAUGUCACAAUAGUCGACAAGCAACACAAUGGGAAUUUUAA